AUGGCGCAGAAUGUGGAAAUUGAAUCGGCCGAUGUCAUCCGCCUCAUUCUUCAGUUUCUGGCGGAGAGCAAUUUGCCCCGAAGUGUUCAAAUGCUGCAGGAGGAAAGCGGAGUGGCUUUGAAUGCCGUCGAAAGUGUGGACAAGUUUGUGGUGUACGUACACCAGGGAAAGUGGGACGAAGUCCUCAAAGCUGCUUCCAUGGCCAGCCUUUCCGAGCAAACCCAGCAGCUCCUUUACGAGCAGAUCUUUUUCGAAAUGCUGGAGCUGCGGGAGACGGAGCUGGCGCGGCUGCUGCUGCGGGAAACUGCUGUGCUGCAGCAGCUGCGGCAGCAAACCCCCGAGAGGUUUAAAAGACUUGACCAGUUGGCGAAUAAACCCUUUUUUGAUGCCAAGGAGGUUUACCAAGGCACUUCCAAAGAAAAACGCAGAGCCGCCAUUGCCCAGGCGCUGGCGCUGGAGCUGGACUCCGUGCCGCCCUCGCGGCUGCUAACCCUCGUGGGAAUGGCUCUGAACUUCCAGAAGCAAAAGGGUUUGCUGCCUCCAACUUCGGAGUUUAAUUUGUUUUCGAAUUCCACCAAACGCAGCAAAGAAGCAGCAGAAAGAUACCCCCAGGACGUCGCCAAAAGCAUACACUUCACGAACAAAAGCCACCCGGAGUGCGCGGCGUUUUCCCCCGACGGGCGCUACUUGGCGAGCGGCUCUAUUGACGGGUUUGUGGAGGUUUGGGAUUGGCAGUUGGGGUGUUUGAACAAGGACUUGAAGUACCAGCGAGAGAAUAACCUCAUGAUGCACGAGACGGCCGUCGUCGCGAUCGCCUUCAGUCGGGACAGCGAAGCCCUAGCAACAGGUAGCCAGACAGGCCAGCUGAAGGUCUGGUUGGUGGCAACAGGGCAGUGCAUUAAAAAGAUAGACAAGGCUCACGAUGCAGCCAUCGCCUCAAUUUGCUUCAGCAAAGACAACACUCACUUGCUGACGGGCUCUUUCGACACAACUGCCAGGAUCCAUGGUUUGAAGGCUGGGAAGACUCUGAAGGAGUUUCGGGGGCAUUUGACUUUUGUGAAUUGUGCUUUAUAUUUGCCGGACAACACGCGCAUCAUCACAGGAAGCGCGGAUGGAAAGAUUAAACUCUGGGACGCAAAAACCCAAGACUGCCUCUCCACCUUUACCCCCCCAGUGCCUCCCCACAUGCAGGCCGUGCAGUGUUUGCCUUCAGUGAUGUCCAUUAUUUUGGCCCCCCGGAACGUGGGAAUGGACUUGUUUUACGUUUGCACCAAAAGCAACACCAUCAGCUUAAUGAACUACAGCGGCAAAACAAUUAAGAGCUGGUCUUCAGGCAAAAAGCAGGGAGGGGACUUCGUUGCUGCUUGCGUUUCUCCCCACGCAGAGUGGGUCUUGUGCGCUGGCGAAGACCAUUCUCUUUACUGCUUUGCAAAUGCCACGGGAAAGCUGGAGCAUGUGAUGAAGAUUCAUGACCAAGAUGUCAUUGGGCUGGCGCACCACCCCAGCAACAACGUGGUGGUUUCUUGGGGUUUCGACGGCUGCCUGAAUGUCCUCAAACCCUAA